AUGCCUCGACGAAAGUUAAACAUUGGUCGAUCUCAGAAUGAUGCCAAAAGAAAGCGUGUAGUACGUAGAGAACGACAAACAAAUAAUGAUGAUGUUGUUAAUGACAGAGGUUCAUGGUCGAGAAAAGAUUAUUCUGCUAUGAACUAUGUGUUAACGGUGGAUUACAAAAAUGACCCAUCAGUUUUUAUAGGAAAUCCUACAAUAGUUUGCCAGUUUUGUUCUGCUCUAAGAUGGAAAGACGAAUGCAAAACAUUAUGUUGCUCUAAUGGCAAACUAAAAUUAGAUGAUAUAAUUAUACCACCAGAACCAUUGAAUUCCCUUCUUAAUGGAAGUCACACAAAACAUAAACAAUUCACACGCGAAAUUCGUUCUUACAACAAUGCUUUCCAAAUGACUUCAUUCAGAAGCAAGCAGGUAGUUCAUAAAGGGUUUAUGCCUACCUUUAAAGUACAGGGUCAGGUUUACCACGUUGCCGGCAGUCUUUUUCCACAUCAUCCUGAUGACCAUAAAUGUUUGCAGAUUUAUUUUAUUUCCGAUCCUGAUACACAAGUAUCAAAACGAUGUAACAGAGAGAUCCUCGACAGCAUAUUAAUAAGAUCCCUACAAGACAUGUUAAACACUCAUAAUAGACAUGUUAAGUCUUUUAAAACAGCCAUUGAAAGCGUUCCUUCUAAUGUUACAGACUAUAAAUUGGUAAUUCACUCUAACAAAGUUCCAAUCGGUGAACAUCGCGGUCGUUACAAUGCUCCGUCAACGAGCGAAGUAGCCGUUAUAAUUACAGGACAACAAUUCGACAAAAGAGACAUUGUACUGCGAUGUCGUGAUGACAAUCUUCAAAUAAUUUCUGAAUUGCACCGAUCCUACGACAGUCUUCAAUAUCCAUUAAUGUUCCCCUACGGUGAAGAUGGAUACUCGAUAGAUAUCCCUCAAGUCGAUCCUGUUACUAGAGUUCCUACACAAAAAAAAGUUUCAUGUAUGAACUAUUAUUGCUAUCGCAUAAUGGAACGCCAGAACAAUUCAAAUCAUUUACUUAGAUAUGGCAUGUUAUUUAACCAAUAUAUAGUUGAUCAGUAUGCCAAAAUCGAAUCUGAGCGUUUGGCGUUUAUAAGACACAAUCAAAAGACAUUACGUGCUGAAAGUUAUAUUCAUCUACAGGACGCAUUGCGCUCAAAUGAACAAAGCAAUAACAUUGGACAAUUAGUUAUAUUGCCAUCAAGUUUUACGGGGGGACCGAGGUAUCUUCAUGAAAAAACACAGGAUGCAAUGACUUACGUAAAAAAUUAUGGUAAACCAGAUUUAUUCAUCACGAUGACAUGUAAUCCACACUGGCCCGAGAUCUUAAAUAAUAUCCAUACUAAUUCAAAACCUCAAGAUAGAUACGACAUAGUAAAUCGAGUUUUUCAUUUAAAGGUGCAAAAGCUGUUAACUCUCAUUAAUAAACAUAAUAUAUUUGGCCCUUCACGGUGUUAUAUGUAUACGGUUGAGUGGCAAAAGCGUGGGUUACCACAUAUACACCUUCUUCUUUGGCUUACAAACAAAAUCCAACCAGACCAAAUUGACAGUGUAAUUACAGCUGAAAUACCAAAUAAAGAAGAAGAUCAAGAACUGUAUGAUAUUGUUGUAAAGCACAUGAUUCAUGGACCAUGUGGGGCUUUUAACCAUAACUCAGAACAAAGAAGUGGAAGUUUUAUCGGGAAAAUCAAUAGUACAUUUUGGUUUUCCCUUACCGAUAAACAUAAAUAG